AUGGGAAUACACUGGGGUUGUCCUUUAAAUAAACAAAUUUUGUUGAUUUGCAUAUCAGUUUUAUUUUAUAUUUCAUAACAUAAUUACUUUUUAUGAAAUAAAGCCAAUCCAUAUUUCCGUCUCCCCCAAAUUCUACACCGCGGCGUCCUCCGCCGUCGUUCCGCCGGAAGCUCAAUUACUCGACGGCGUUAAAUCAAUAGCGGCGUUAACAGAUGGGUAGACCGCCGAGUAACGGAGGUCCUUCUUUCCGUUUCAACCCUACUGAGGUUACUGAGAUGGAAGCUAUAUUGCAAGCUCAUAAUGUCCAAAUGCCGGCCAAACAAGUUCUUGACAAUCUUGCUGAGAAAUUCAGUUCUUCAGCGGAGAGAUCUGGAAAAUUUGUGGUUCAAGCGAAACAAGUUUGGAACUGGUUCCAGAAUAGACGGUAUGCCAUCAGAGCAAAACAAACCAAGAGUCCUGGUAGAUUUAUUGCCCCACCAGCGUUUCAAAGUGAUCCAGCUGCAGUAAAAGCUCCUGUGAAAUUGAGUGCCUCACCUAUGCCUCAGAGUGAUCCAGCUGCAGUAAGGAUUAUGCCCCAAGCCGCUCAACCCGUGCCUUCUCCUCAAGUGAGAACAAUGCCCCAAGCACCACAACCUCUGCCUGCUCCAUCAGUGCCAGUGCAAAAUGUGGGCAGGAGUGUUUCAGAUAACACUCAAAUGGAGUUUGAAGCUAAAUCUGCAAGAGAUGGUGCAUGGUAUGACGUAGCAAACUUCCUGUCACAUAGAUCUGUGGAGUCUGGUGAACCGGAAGUCUUGGUUCGGUUUGCGGGAUUUGGAGCAGAGGAGGAUGAAUGGGUAAACGUCCGUAAGCACGUAAGACAGCGAUCUCUGCCAUGUGAAGCAUCAGAAUGUGUUGCAGUUCUUCCUACCGAUUUGAUUCUUUGCUUCCAGGAAGGGAAAGAUCAGGCGCUGUACUAUGAUGCACAUGUCCUUGAUGCGCAGAGACGCAGACAUGAUGUGAGAGGUUGCCGCUGUCGGUUUCUGGUUCGUUACGACCAUGAUCAGUCUGAGGAAAUUGUUCCUCUGCGGAAGGUUUGUCGUCGACCUGAAACUGAUUUUAGGUUGCAGCAACUAAAUACUGAAUCUCUAAAGCAGCAGAAAUUAGGUAAUGACCCUACAACAAAGGUCUACCCUCCAGCUGAUACACCACAGAAAGCCCAAACCGAAUCAAGGAUGAAACAAGCUGAACCAACACAAAAGCAACCUGCACCGGAGAACACCAUCAAGACAGAACCCGAUGUGGCUCCUACCCUGCAAAAACCUAGUACUGAUUCUCUAACAGGAAAUACAUUGUCGGAAACAGCACCCGAGCUUAUGGAGGAAACGACGGAGAGGCCUGUAGCUGAAACUGCUGAGGCGCCUCGGGAGGUAAAAAAUGAGAUGCAUCUGGCAGAAGUAGCAAAGCAAGCGCCAGCAGAAGCACCUGAGCAGCCUCCUGCAGAAACGACUCUUAAGCCACCAGCUACUUCAACGUCUAAGCCGGAUGAAGCACAAGAGCAGCCUCCCGCUGACACAACUCCUGAACCUCCAGCUUCUUCAACAUCAAACCCAGAUGAAGCACCAAAGGAGCCUCCUGCUGAAACAACUUCCUCAGAGGAACCUCCGGCUGAUUCAACAUCAAAGCCAGCUGAAGCAUCGGUGGAGCCUCCUGCUGAAACGACUAUUGAGCCUCCAGUUGAUUCAACAUCAAUGCCAGUCGAAGCAUCAGAGGAGCAGACCAAGACCGAGGAGCAUACUGAUGCUGGAGCAGCCACAGCUUCAACUGAUCAGGACGAUGCACCCGUAUAAGCAAAUCUUUAUCGCCAAAAGUUAUUUAACAUUGCCAGUGUAGCCAACAUUACCAAGUUAGGAUUCCUAGGGAAAGAGAAGCCUUGGGUUGGACGCGGACUUAUUCUCGUGCAUUCCCUCCUCCUCCUUUAAAAGCACGUAUUGCACAAGGGACUUCAGGAGUGUGUCCAGUAGAUCAUUGAUAGUCUUGUAAAAUAUUUAGAUUUUCACCUUUAACUUAGAACUCUAAUUCUUAUCUUUUGUCCCAUCAUCAGUCUCACAUCUUGAGGUAGUGGUAUGGACUGCAUACACUUACCCUCCCCAGACUCCACUUGACUUGGUGGGAAUAUACUGGGUAUGUUGUUGUCGUCUCAUCUUCAGUACUAUUUACUUGUUAUAGUUUCAUGAUUUUUAGAAUAAAAGAGUUAAUCGGUAAAAGCAUAUCUAAAGUA